AUGACGCAAUCCGGCGAAAAAUCCGAAUCCGGAGGAAAUGCCUUUACCAACUUUGUGGGCGAUAUGAGGGAGAAGCUUCAUGACUCAAAGCUUCACGAUGUCAAGGUGGCCCUCCACCAUAAAAGAGCUCAAAUUGGAAAAAUUGGCAACAUCUUCAACUCAAACCACCGCCAUGACGAAUCCCAUGAGCAGGCUUGCGACGAAAAACGAACCGCCGCUUGCAAAUCCCACCGCUUCGAAUCAUACUUUCCCGAGCGAGAUGGAAACCUCAUCAAGUGGUAUGUCGAUGGCCGUGACUACUUCUGGGCCGUCUCGGUCGCCCUCGAACAGGCUACAGAGUCCAUCUACAUCGCCGAUUGGUGGCUGUCGCCAGAGCUCUUCCUGCGCCGACCCCCGCACUACAAGCAAGAAUACCGCUUGGACCAAAUUCUGAAGCGCAAGGCCGAAGCUGGCGUCAAGAUUUUCGUCAUGGUCUACAAGGAAGUGGAGGCCGCCCUGACUUGCAAUUCCAUCCAUACCAAGCACGCCCUCCAAGCGCUGUGUCCUGAGGGUAGCCCUGGCCACGGAAACAUUCGCGUUCUGCGCCAUCCCGACCACAACCCAUUCGAAAACGUGGCCGAUACUACCAUGUACUGGGCUCACCACGAGAAGUUCAUAGUCAUUGACUACGCAAUCGCCUUCAUCGGCGGUCUCGAUCUCUGCUUCGGACGCUGGGACGCCCGACACCACCCGCUCGCCGAUGUCCACCCAGAAGGUGUCACUGAAGAAAUCUGGCCAGGACAAGACUUUAAUAACAAUAGAGUCAAGGACUUCCAGAAUGUUCAGGACUGGCAGCAAAAUGAGCUGAGCAAGGCAGAGUACGGUCGCAUGCCGUGGCAUGACGUCGCCAUGAGCGUCAUUGGGCCUUGCGUAUACGACAUUGCCGAGCAUUUUGUUCUGCGGUGGAACUUCACCAAGCGUGACAAGUACAAGCGCGAUGAGCGCUAUGACUGGAUUGUCCUGGAAGGUCGCGAAGGCGAGGAUGAAGACCUCGUCGGCGUGCAACGUCCUAAGCAUCCCUGCGGCGACUACCCCAAGCACCCUCUGACGCCUCUGGCGACCAAAAAUAUCGACAACAGAGGAACUGUUCACGCCCAGAUUGUUCGUUCCAGCGCCGACUGGUCAAGCGGCAUUCUUACAGAACACUCCAUUCAGAAUGCGUACAGCGAGAUCAUUCGCAAGGCUGAGCAUUAUGUAUACUUGGAGAACCAGUUCUUCAUCACCGCCACUGGUGAGCAUCAGAGUCCAAUUCACAACACAAUUGGCCGAGCAAUGGUUGAUGCGGUACUCAGAGCCGCCAAAGAGGAGCGCAAGUUCCGCAUCAUUAUCUUGAUCCCAGCUAUUCCUGGAUUUGCCGGUGAUCUUCGCGACAAUGCUGCGUCUGGAACCCGAGCCAUCAUGGACUACCAAUACAAGUCAAUCUGCCGCGGAGAGCACUCUAUUUUCGAGCAGAUCAAGGCGCAAGGAGUGGAUUCCAAACAGUACAUCUUCUUCUUCAACCUGAGAUCUUAUGAUCGCCUCAACAGGAGCAAGGCGCUUAUAGAAGCCGAAGAGAAAUCUGGCGUCAAAUACGAGGAUGUGCAGCGAGCAGAGGCCGAAGAAAUCAUGAAGGAGGGUAUCCACGGCACCAAUGAUGCUGCCCACAAUGAAAGAGACGAACACAUGGGCACUCUUGAACAACAAAAGUACAAGGAAAAAGCAGCCGUUGUCGAGAAUGCCAUGGAGGCAAAGCGCAGAUUCGAAGCAGCCAUGCCAGCAGAAAAGGACACAAAGCUGCCGUCGCUGGCACAUCAUGCCAUGGCUGGCCAGGGUCCCCUCACCGAGGAGCCUUGGGACGAGGACGAUGACGCGGAGCUGGAAAUUCGAAACUGGAUCCAGGAAGAAUUGUAUAUCCACUCGAAACUCCUCAUUGCUGAUGAUCGUAUUGUGAUUUGCGGCUCAAGUAACCUCAACGACCGCAGCCAGCUCGGGUACCACGACAGUGAGCUCAGCAUUGUCAUGGAGGACACGCGCAGAAUUUCGAGUACCAUGGAUGGCAAGACAUUCGAGGCUGGCUACCACGCCGCCACGCUGCGACGUUUCCUGUGGCGCGAGCACUUGGGUUUGCUGCCUCCGCAAAACUUUGAUGCAGGCGACGACAUCAACGCACAGCCGCCGAGCGUCAACCCGGAAAACGACAUAUACGACCGGGACGAGAGCUACAAGUUUGUUGAAGAUCCACUAGGCGAUGAGCUCUGGGACCUAUGGACCAGCCGGGCAGACCGAAACACAGAGAUAUUUCGUCAUUUGUUUCAUUGCGAUCCAGAUGAUCACAUCAAGACGUUUGAGGACUAUGAUCGCUACCUGCCGCCGCGGGGCGUCAAGGCCGGGCACAUCUUUGAUCAGUUUAUGCCGGCAGCGGACGCGAGGGCGAAACUGGACGAGAUCAAAGGCCACCUGGUGUGGAUGCCGAUGGACUUUUUACUGGAUGCCGAAAUGGCCGAGAGGGGACUCCAAGUCAAUUCGUGGACGGAGAUACGAAUCGUCUUCUGA